CCAGCCUCUGGGGAAGGCAGGGGGCCCGGCGACUCCCUCCGCUGCGCGCCGGUUCCUGCGAGCGGCCGAGCGGGGGAGGAGGAAGAGGGCUGGGCUGCAGCGAGCAAGGGGGAUAUUCCUCUCCCGGCUUGAGUCAGACGCUGGCGGGUCCGUCCUCCUCCGUCCCCUCCCAGGAGACGGGAACUUACUUCAUUUCCCUGGGGCAGGUUCGCCCACGUUCCCACCCACCCCUUGGCUCCCCUUCCAGCCUCCGCGCCCCCCGCCCGGCUGCACAGGACCCCGGCCGCGCCGCCACCCCCUCUUCGGGGAAAGGCAGCCGCACCGCAAACACCUGGGGCCGGGGUGGGGUGGGGGCCCCUCGCAGCCGCGAGAGCGUUGUCCAACACGUGAGCCUCAUGUGAUGAAGCCGGGGGAGGGCGGGCAGGUCGCUCCUUCCCUCCCCGGCGGCGGCCAGACGUGCCUGGAGUCACAGGGUGGAACACGUAGCUCCAACCCACCCACUCGCUCCCAUUUAACCCAGCCCGCAGCCUCUCCGUGACUCCGCGGCUCGCCCCCCCGCCCGCCCGGCCCCCGCCCUAACCGCCCCCCCGCGCUCCUGCCCGCCUCCCCGCCCGCCCCACUUCUCAUUCACUUGGCUCGCACGGCGCAGAAGGCACUGGGAGCACACUCCGCCAGGCUGUGCGCAGAGCCGGAGCCAGAGGCCUCGGAGACACUAUGCACGCCCCCAACUGAAGCAGCAGCAGCACCUCGAAGUCGCAGCUCCCGGCAGCGCAAAGGGUUUCAGGGCGCUCAGACCCAGAGGAAGCCGUGCCGGGGAGAGACCCGAGGGCCCCUGCAGGACAGUCCUCACCCGACGCCCUUCUGCAGCCAGGAGCGCACAGUGGCCCCGGCUCGCCGUGCCAUGGAGCGGAUCCCCAGCGCGCAGCCGCCCCCCGCCUGCCUGCCCAAGGCGCCAGGACGGGAACCCGGAGACCUACCAGGGAUGGAUUUUGCCCACAUGUACCAAGUGUACAAGUCGAGGCGAGGAAUCAAGCGGAGCGAAGACAGCAAGGAGACCUACAAACUGCCGCACCGGCUCAUCGAGAAAAAGAGACGUGACCGGAUUAACGAGUGCAUCGCCCAGCUGAAGGAUCUCCUGCCCGAACAUCUCAAACUUACAACUUUGGGUCACUUGGAGAAAGCCGUGGUCCUUGAGCUCACCUUGAAGCACGUGAAGGCCCUGACGAACCUCAUCGAUCAGCAGCAGCAGAAAAUCCUGGCCCUGCAGAGCGGUUUGCAAGCCGGAGAGCUGUCGGGGAGAAGCGUCGAGGCAGGCCAGGAGAUGUUCUGCUCGGGCUUCCAGACGUGCGCCCGGGAGGUGCUGCAGUACCUGGCCAAGCACGAGAACGCUCGGGACCUGAAGUCCUCGCAGCUGGUCGCCCACCUGCACCGGGUGGUCUCGGAGCUGCUGCAGGGGGCGCCCCCCAGGAAGGCGUCGGAGCCCACCCCCAAGGCCGCGGACUUCAAGGAGAAGCCCGGCGCCCUGGCCAGAGGCUCCGAGGGCCCCGGGAAGAACUGCGUGCCCGUCAUCCAGCGGACUUUCGCACACUCGGGCGGGGAGCAGAGCGGCAGCGACACGGACACCGACAGCGGCUGGGGCGAGUCGGAGAAGGGCGACCCGCGGGGCGAGCAGCCCUACCUCAAAAGUGACCACGGGCACAGGUUCGCCGCGGGAGAGCGGGUCGGGGCCAUCAAGCAGGAGUCGGAAGAGCCCCCCGCCAAGAAGAGCAGGAUGCAGCUCUCCGACGAGGAGGGCCGCUUCGCCGGCGGGGACCCCGUGGGCUCCCCGUUCCUGGGCCCGCACCCCCACCAGCCCCCCUUCUGCCUGCCCUUCUACCUGAUCCCGCCCACGGCCACGGCCUACCUGCCCAUGCUGGAGAAGUGCUGGUACCCCACCUCCGUGCCACUGCUGUACCAGGGCCUCAACGCCUCCGCCUCGGCCCUCUCCGGCUUCAUGAACCCCGACAAGAUCUCGGCGGGGCCCCUGCUGCUGCCGCAGAGACUCCCCUCCCCCUCGCCGCCCCACCCGGCCGUGGACUCCUCCGCCCUGCUCCACGCCCUGAAGCAGGUCCCCCCUUUACACUUAGAAACCAAAGACUAAACUCUUCAGGGGGUCCUGCUGCUUCGCUUGCCACCCUCUUUCCCCCUGCCCCCCAAAAGUGUGUGUGUGAGCACGGCGAGAUGGUUCAGGCGUGUGUGCGAGGCUGGCCGAGGCCGGAGACAACGGGGUGGGGGCGUGUGCACCGUGUGUUGGUUGCGGCCCAGGGGCACGCGAAGGGCCGCCCGCCGGCCGGAGUGUUGGGGGUGGAGGCGCACCUCUGGGCUUUUCCCCACCCGGAGAAGAACCCCCCCCCCCACCUCUGAUAGGAAUCAGCUGGAUUCCAAAAGCUUCAAAGCCUCGGGCUGUGAGUCAGCCUCGGCGUCGGGAGCCAGGUCGGUGGCUU